AUUUUUUUUUUCUCCCAUGACGGAGAUCCAUUCAUCAUUAGUUUUCUACAACAAUUUUGCACUACGUAUCUAGAAGUGUCUCUUUCUCAUUCUGUCCCCCUUUCUCUUUCUUUAUCACCAAACAAAAAACAAAAAGAAAAGAGAAAAGAAGGAAGAAAUUUCAAUUCAAAAUAGGUUGCAACAACAAUGAUGUUCAUCUUCUCAACAUAGUUGGACUUCCUUGUUGUUUUUCGGAUCCCGCAAUUUUAUUUUAUCAUUUAGUGGGGGCUUUAAACUUCCUAUUAAGAUUUAAUUUUUCUACUAGGUUGAAUGGUUCUCUGCGGCAUACCAACUGGAGAUGCUGAGAUCGGAGAUUUUUAUCCGAUUAGGCCUGAAUGCCAAGCUGAUGUUCCCAAGACCCGUUUUAGGCCUCGCGCUGGGAAAACCCUUAGCGCAAGAAGAUGGCAUGCUGCAUUUUCUGAAGAUGGUCAUCUGGAUAUUGCCAAGGUCCUUAGAAGGAUACAACGAGGGGGUGUUCAUCCUGCCAUCAAAGGGUUAGUGUGGGAAUUUUUGUUGGGAUGCUUUGAUCCUAACAGCACAUUUGAGGAUCGGAAUGAAAUUAGGCAACGCAGAAGGGAGCAAUAUAACAAUUGGAAAGCAGAAUGCAAAGAGAUGUGUCCAAUAAUAGGUAGUGGAAGUUUUAUCAAAACUCCGGUUAUUGGGGACGAUGGGCAUCCAAUAACUGACUCUGAUGAGGGAUGGCAUGCAAGUGAUGUUGUUAUUGAUAAGAAAGUUCUUCAAUGGAUGCUAACUCUGCAUCAAAUUGGUUUGGAUGUUGUUCGCACAGAUCAAUCACUUGAGUUUUAUCAGAAUGAAGUUAAUUCCGCCAAGCUUUGGGAUAUACUAGCAGUGUAUUCUUGGGUUGAUAUGGACAUUGGUUACAUGCAAGGUAUGAAUGAUAUUUGCUCUCCAAUGGUAAUUCUUCUUGAAAAUGAUGCGGAUGCCUACUGGUGUUUUGAGCAUGCAAUGCGAAGAUUGAGGGAAAACUUUAGGACGAGCACUACUUCCAUUGGAGUACAAACUCAGUUAAGUACACUCUCUCAAGUAAUCAAAACCGUUGAUCCAAAGCUUCACCAACACCUAGUAAAUCUUUUUUCUGAUUGGAUAUUUGCAGAAGAUUUAGAUGGAGGUGAAUAUUUGUUUGCGUUUCGAAUGCUGAUGGUGCUCUUCCGGAGGGAAUUUUCCUUCGUAGACUCGUUGUAUCUUUGGGAGCUGAUGUGGGCUAUGGAGUACAACCCAAAUAUCUUUACCAUGUAUGAAGAGUCCAAAGAGGCUGAUGAAGAAGAGGAGAAAGAGGUAGCAGCACCUGCAUCAAAUAACAAGCAACAACUACAACAAUAUGGCAAGUUUGAAAGGAAGUAUGUGCAGACUGGCAUUACAGACCAACAUAGCGCACUUUCUAUCUUUCUAGUGGCAAGCAUUCUCGAGGCUAAGAACAAGAAGAUCUUGAAAGAAGCUAAAGGGCUGGAUGAUGUUGUCCAGAUAUUGGGCGAUGCUACAGGAAAUUUGGAUGCUAAGAAGGUAUGUCAAGAGGCCUUGAAGAUACACAAAAAGUACUUGAGCCAGGCCAAGAAGUGAUAAAAGAUGGAAUAUUACUGCAGAGCACUAGCUAAAACUUUGGAAGGCAAGGAAGUGAAGAUUGGGUACUCCACCAAAUGUUACAAAUAGUAUCAUGGUGUUUGCUUUGGAUUUGGAGGAUUCCUCAUAAAAAGCUUUUAGGUAUAAGGGGGAGUGUCAUUUCCAUCUAUUGGAUGGAGCUAUUUCAUUUUAUUUCCACUCAACUAUGUUUCACUUUUUCCAGUAUAUAUGUCAUUUUCCCUGUUGUUGUAACCUAAACAAAGUAAAUACAUGUUGUAUCAAAUUAGAACAAAAAAUCUUGACAAAUUUGCUGCUCUAUUCCUAAUUCUUUUUGGUGGUCAAAACUAAGGGCUCAACCAAUGUUAGGUAUCAUUAUCAAGGCAAUAGUAGCCUCUUGGAAUAUUCCUCUAGAAUUUGGCCAACUCUUAACCACUAACUAUUAUCUCUUUUGUGACGUAUACAUAAUACUCG